AUGAGUGAUGCUUAUGAACGCGAGCAGCAGAAUAAUGCGCUUCUUAACGGCCUCUCAUCCAAGGUCUCCGCUCUCCGAUCGGUGACCAUUGACAUCCAUGACAACGCGCGCGAUCAAGAUACGAUCGACCACUCGAACGAAGUCUUCUCCUCCCUCUCGACGAACCUCAAAGGCAGCGCCUCCCGCCUGACAAGGAUGGCCAGGCAAGGCGACACUGUCGCAGUGCUGAAGGUUGCCGGUAUUUGCAUCGGAGCCGGCCUUCUCAUCUACAUCAUUCUCGGCUGGAUCUUUUGA